GCCAGUGAUCCCAUCCCUAUCCUGAGGUACUAACCGCUCAGCAGAAGGGCUUUUGGACAACAGUACUCGAUAAGCAACGACGAAUCGGAGAUGGAGUGGGAAAAGACCUUGAUAGCUUGCAUUGUACUGAGUAACUCAUCAGCACUUUUGUCUCCCAAGUAGGCUCCGUAUCCAGCGUUCUGCGAACAUUCAUACUCGUUCCCGACUAUCACAGACAGAAGGAUGUCUUCCGUACUCCUUGGAGACGCUCAUGGCAUCUCUGUAGUUGACUUCAGGCCCUUCUUGGAUGGCUCUGCCAAAGAACAUGUGGCUAAGGCCAUCCUCGAUUCAUUCAAGCGAGUGGGAUUCGUAUACUUGGUGAAUCAUGGCAUACCGCCGGAGAAGUCGAAGGCGAUGUUUGAAUGGUCCAGGCGCUUCUUCGCUCUCCCCAUGGAAAAGAAGCAGCUCGCGCCACAUCCUCCUUCUGGGACACAUCAUAGGGGUUACUCUGCCCCGGGCGUUGAGAAAGUGGUGCAACAUCUCUACGACGACCAAGACAUUAAGGCAGCUCGUGUCAAAGCACCGGACGUGAAGGAAAGCUUCGAGUGCGGCUGGGAAGAGAACACUGUGAUGCCAAACAUCUGGCUCCCUGAAGAUGUUCUGCCGGGUCUCAGAGAAGCGUGCACGGACUUCUAUUGGACUUGCCAUGAGACGGAGGUGCAAAUCCUCAGGGCAAUUACCUUCGCCCUCGGUAUUUCUGAAGACUUUCUCGUGAAGCACCAUCAUGCCCAUGACAACCAGCUUCGUUUGCUGCACUACCCAAGCGUCCCAGCUAAAGACCUAGAAGACGAGAAAAUCACAAGGAUCGACGCACACUCAGACUUUGGGUCGAUAACCCUACUACUCCAAGACGACGUGGGAGGACUCGAAAUUGAGAUUCCUGGAAAGCCAGGGCAAUUCAUGAGCGCUCCUCCUAUCGACGGCGCCCUCAUCGUGAACGCGGGCGACUUCAUGAUGCGCUGGUCCAACGACGUCAUCAAGAGCACAGUGCACCGCGUGCGUGCUCCACCAAGCGCGAAGACUGCUAAUGGCAUGAUCCCCGAUCGCUACUCCAUCCCAUACUUCUGCAGUCCUGAAUUUUCCGAGGUCGUUGCAUGCCUCCCCGGGACCUACUCCGGAGAGAACCCACCUAAAUACGAACCGAUCUCCGCUCAGGAAUAUAUCCUUCGCCGCCUCGCUGCAACCUAUUGAAGCCUCUUGCUUUGACGUUCAUGGUUUCGAGAAUCGUGGUUGCAAACGUCCAGUCGUGGCCCCUUCUAUUCUCUCGCCAUGUAUUUUCCGUGAAUCUAUAUGGCCUCAAAUGUACUUGUAUGCAUGACUCCGACCACUGCGAACAUUGUCCCUUGGGAUCUCACCACGAGACGACUCGAUGUCAUUAGCCAUCCUCAACGCAUACAUAUUCGACAUGGCAAUUAUGAUCUAAGUUACAAUUC